AGCAGGAGGAAAGGCGGCUUCUGAAAACUUGGGUCCAUCCACCCCAGGCAAGGUAUCAGCCACCAAGAUGCUGACUCUCUGGGUCCUGGCUGUCAUCUUGGCCAUCCAGGAAGAAGCACUUGGCCAGCUGAAUCUCCCAGCUAGUCCUCCCAUAAUACCCAAUUUGCCCGUCUCUCUUCUACCUGGAUUACCCAUCCCUAUUCCACCUGGAUUACCCGUCCCUCUUCCACCUGGAUCACCCCCUGGAGGUCUGCAAGUCCCAAAAGUCCCUCUGCCCAGAAAAUACCCAGCGAGGACCAAAGGAAGCAGGUGUCUACCCAUUGCCAAGUACUUCAUAUCUGACAGCAAACUUGAAGACCAUAUGAACGCCACCUUGCCCCCGCAGAUUGAGAAGAUGCUGAAGUGUAAGAAGGUUGACUUGGCUGGUUUGCUUGGGACCGUGUUAUCCGCAGUGAGCGAUUUGGACCUGCUGUCUCUAUUAGACCUCACUUCAUCCCUUGAUAUACUUGGAGGUGGCAGCCUCGGUGGCCUCCUAGGCGAAGGAAAUGGUGGCAAGUCCUCGAACCUCCCAUUGCUCCCAGAAGUCACUGGUGCUGUCAGCGGUUUGCUAACCCAGAGGACGGAGGGUCUGGGGAGCCUACUAUCCACUGGUUCAGACAAGAACCUCGUAAAAGGACUGCUUGAUGGCACUGGUCUCUCUGCUCUCCAGCAGCCUCUGAAUGAUGUAACUGACAAAGUUGGAGACCUCACAGAGUCUGCUCAGGGUGUGCUGAACAGCACCCUGCUGUCGGGCAUCAGCAGUGGACUCUCAGACCUCCUGAAAAAUGCUGACCUGGAACAGCUCUUGCUGGGAUUACAGGUUGAAAAAGUGACUGUGGAGAGCAUGAAGUCAACCAUGACAGCUGACGGGAUCCACGUCCAAGCCACGACUACCAUCUUCAUAGGCGGAAACGGCCUCUUGGGACCUGUCCUCAGCCUGGUGGGAUUUAACGUGCAUGGGGACGUGGCUCUGAAGAUUGGCCUUUCCACAAAUGACACCCACUGUGUCAAACUCCAGGUCCAGGAAAAAGCCUUCGAGGUCAACAAAGUGACUCUUCAACUAAUACAGACGGUCACGGAUAUUUUGCCUUUGUCUCUCCCUUUACCCUUGGAUGAUGUUGUUCUUCAACUGUUGACAGUAAAAAUAAGUAAAAAUAUGGAAGAACCACGCUCCUGUGACAUUGUUCUCAGUGACAUCAGCGAAUGCAAGAACUCUAUGGGCUUGUUCACAUACUCCUUCAAAAGUUCCAGAAUGUCCCCCCAAGGUCUUUCAACCUUCUACUGUGCUGAAGCCUGCUUUAACAAAGGUGCAGUUGCUGUGCCUGGAAGUUUUCUCUCUUCAGUUACUAAAAAUGCCAGCAUUUCUCUAAUUCUAUCCCAUAUGAUGCUCAAGGCCAUCAUCACUCACACCGCCAAGCAGAGCUCUGUGCAGAGAAAUAAUCUGGAUGCAAGAAUCACCAAACUAACCUACUCCCACCAGCUAGCCAAUCAAAUCCAAGCCAGCUACUGGGUUAACAUCUCCAAGGAUGGUGAGCGCCCUGUCACCGGGAAAACGGACUUAAUCAUCUCAUUGGUGUGCAAGAUUUCAAAAGACAAACUGAUCACAGACAUCAGACUUCUGAGCUCUGAACACAGUACAACACCCCCCAAUGCUAUUGACCAGGUACAAGGGGAGAUGGCUGAGGUUCUGAAGAAGUUCUCGUCUGGCCUUACUGAAUAUGUUAAACAAUGGAAUAUACCACCACCAGUAAUCUCAAACCUUCUAGACAAUGUCAAUUUUGAAGUGCUUAAGUCGAAGGACCUUCAGGCAGCAAAGUGAACCUAGCUUACCAGAAGCCAAGCAAUGUUCCAGAAUGAAAGCCAAAAACACUCUGUAACACUCCUCUAUGAAAUACUGAGCAAAAGACAUCCUUAUGAUUAAGGAACCAAGUAGAGUUAGUGUUCUUAAAAUGUCAACUGUCCUUUGGAAUUGUACUAACUACCUUGAAUUAACACACACAAGAAAGGCAAAAAUUCAGGGAUUUUUGGCAUUUUUGUAAUCAUCUCUUUAAUAAAUAACCUGUUUUCUUGCAAGAAAAAAAUGA